AGAUUGAAUGGUUACAAUGUUAUUCAUCCAAUUGGGUGGGAUGCGUUUGGUUUACCAGCAGAAAAUGCUGCUCGAGAAGUAGGUGUCGAUCCAGCUCAGUGGACAGCAAGUAAUAUCGAUGUGAUGCGCCAGCAGCUGUUGAGUACAGGCAUUAUAUUUGAUUGGAAUAGAGAAAUUUCGACUUGCUCGCCGGAUUACUAUCGUUGGACGCAAUGGAUUUUCUGUCGACUCUUUGAACGUGGCUUAGUUCGACGAGCUUUAUCAGAGGUGCACUGGGAUCCCAUCGAUAGUACCGUUCUUGCUGCCGAGCAAAUUGAUGCGGAGGGGCGUUCUUGGCGUUCCGGUGCAAUUGCUGAAAAGCGUAAAAUGAAGCAUUGGAUGAUUGAGACACCAAAAUAUGCGAAACGCAUGUACGACGGACUUGAGAAAUUAACGCACUGGAAGGAAGUAGCAGCCAUACAAGCUAAUUGGAUUGGGAAAUGUAACGUGUGGCGGUUUUUACUACCUUUAAAGGAGAGAAACGGCGCACAUCUGGACGAAAAACUUGACCUUCGAAUACGCGAGCCACAUCAGCUAGCUGCUGCUAAUGUUGUUUUCAUUCAAUUCGGUCAUCCUCUCUUCAACUUAGCUGUCGGAAAAGAAGAAAUAGGUGUUUUAAAAGUAACUGCGUUAAAUAUCAUAACUGGGAAAGAUAUGCAUAUCAUUUAUAUGAAAGGUAAUGCCGUUAAAAAUGGAAAUAAAUUUAUCUUAAAUGCAAGACUUCCGUGUGAUGCGGAGGAAUUCGAUAAAAAGGUCUUAGAAACUUUCGGAUUCUCAGCAGAACGAUCUGGAAUUUCGCUCACCAAUAACGAUGUAAUUCAAAUUGCCGAAUUUGGAGGUCAUGGUGGCUAUGAAACAAGUGAGAGAUUACUUGACUGGGUUGUUUCACGACAACGGAAGUGGGGCACACCAAUACCGAUAUUACUCAGUGCCGACGAUCGAUGUGCCGUUGCUGUUACUGAUGACCAAUUACCUGUUAUUGCUGCACAUUGCAGAUAUGAUGAGAAAAUUCCGUGUGAGAGAUUACCAGAUGGAUUUGGAUAUUGGGAAAAGGAUACUUUGGAUACAUUUUUUGAUUCCAGUUGGUAUUAUUUAAGAUUUCUUGACCCCAAGAACGAUACUGAAUUGAUCUCAAAGAAGAAAUCUAUGGAUAUGCCAGUUGAUGUUUAUGUAGGUGGAAUAGAACAUGCUGCGUUGCACUUAUUUUUUGCGCGCUUUAUAUCUUAUUUCUUACACGAUAUUGGUGUAUCACCCGUACAAGAACCCUUCGAAAGUUUAUUACCGCAAGGAAUCGUAUGUAGUCGUACUUUCAAGAGAAGCGACAGCGGAAAAUAUCUUGAGGAAAAUGAUGUUGUGCAAACAGGAAAUGGUUUUAUCGUAAAAACAGAUGGCUCUGCAGUAGUUACUCAGUUUGAGAAGAUGUCAAAGUCAAAGCAUAACGGUGUCGAUCCAUUAAGCGUAUUGAAAUUGAAAGGAAUCGAUUUAACUCGCUUGCAGCUGUUGAAUGAAGCUGCACCGCGAGAACCUAUUAAUUGGGGAGAUACAGAAUUAAAAGGUCUCUUCAAGUUUAUGGAACGAACUUCGGAUGUCGUGAGUUUCUACGUAGAGCAACAUGCAUUAGCAACUUCAACUUCACCUGAGCCAUUAGACAUUGCAGAGGAAGAAAAAUAUCGCACUAUAUAUAAUUUUUAUGUUCGUAAUAUCUCUAUGGUUAUAGAAGUCUUACAUUUGCAUAACACUGCAAUAGAUCAUCUGCAGGCUUUCGUGAAGUUUUUAAAGAGAACUCCGGCUGAAAGUUAUCGUCGCAGCGAGCAGGUUGAACGAUGUGUUCGCGCACUGGUGAUAAUGUUGCAGUUAUUCACACCUCAUUUGGCUGCCGAAUAUUGGGCUGCAUUACGUUCCGUUCCUGCACUGAACAAUCAUAAAGUGUGGCUGGAUAAAGAAAUCAACGAGCAACCCUGGCCUGAGGUAGAUCCGGAUGCCAACAUCGACUUAAUGAUUAAUGUUGGAAAAUUAAGCUGUGGUCGAGUUGAAGUACCACGUCUAGAAAUUGAACACUUAUCCAGCGAAGAAGCUUUACAGUAUGCAAUCAAUGGUGUACAUAGCAUAUUUUUCCAGGAAUUAGCAUCAUUGGGUUUUAGACCGGUGUCUUGCAAAAGUUUGUCUCGAGCUGGAUUUUAUGUUCUUCUUGAAGUGAAGUUCAAUAAUGUACCUACGGAAGAAACACUGUUAGAAAUUUUGAGACAAACAAGGACGCAGCGACUGAAAGCAAAGAGAGCAAGAAAAAAAGCAUGAAAGCAAUUUUGUGAUUGGUGCUGCUCAGCCAUUAAAUUUAUUUAAACUGCUCAGCCUGCUCAGCCAUUAAAUUGUUUUUUGCAACUUAUGGAUUAAAAAAGAAAUAACUUAUGGAUUGAAAAAAUUUGAUGAG